AUGAAUGUACAACAGCCACGCAUCAUUCUUCAAAAACUUGAAAUCAAUGAAAAGUUGGAUGAAAGCAAGCCUCUUCGACGUACAACAACAAUAACGACAAAACAAACAGGAGCAACAAUGCCCAGUCAAAAUCUCGACUUACCCUCUGAUUUUACGCCAGAUCUAAUUAAAGAACUAUUGCAAGAUGGAUGUUCAUUAAACGGUCUUGCUGGUUCAUCAGCAGUUCGACAACGUCGUGCAGCUGCUCCAUUGUCAUCUUCGUCUCGAACGCCAUUAAGCAAACGGCGAUAUAUUAAUGAUGAUGAGGAAGAAGAUGAUGCGGAUGAACGUAGUCAAUCGCCGAUUGGUAAUGAUGGCAAUUAUCAACAACCUAAAAAACGUAUUCGUCGAAAAGAACUAGAUAAUCCAUCAUUAACGAACAUUAAUACAACAAAACAUCAACAACCACCACAAGUAGCCAAAGAUAUUGAAAAACAACGAAUAAAAGAAGAGCGUGAACGUGAAAAAAUUGAACGUUUAGAAAAACUAGGUCGUAAAGCAAUGGAUAUUGAAGAUGAUCCAUUGGAGAAUACUGCUUUUCAACGUUUCGUUGAAUUAUUAGAUAAUUUCAUCGAUGAUUAUGAUCGAUACGAAGAACGUUUAGAUGAUUCAAUAAAAAUUUCACAAUCAUCACAAUCAGACACAGAAGAUGAAAAUUCAAUGUUAGAUGUUCUAUUAUCUGAGUCAACGUUAGAUGAACUAGCAACAUUAUCUGAAAAAUUAAAAUUAUCAACUUAUAUGAAUCGUAUUGAAAAAACAAAAUUAAAACGUCUAUUAAAAAUAAUAUCAUUUAGAAUAAAACAAGGCAUUAAAUUACAUCCAGUAUUAAAUCAUAAUAAACAACAACAAGAUGAGAAAAAAGCACAAGAUGAAAAUUUUGAUGAUGAAGAAGAAGAACGAUUAUGGCGAGAUAUUAUUAUUGAACGUUUAUUGCUUAGUGCUAAUGCUUGUGAGGUGGCUCUAAAUAUAAUGACUACAUUAAAUAUGUCAAAAGAAGUAUUUAUUGAACAUGUUAUAGAAAAUUUAGCAUUAUUUGUUAAAUCGCAGUUAACAAAAACAAUAUUUCCAGAAUAUGAUCCUGUUUACAGAAAUGAUUUACAAUCAAAGGAUCCAUUAUUAGCAAAACAAAAGCGUUCAAAAGUAUCUGGUUCAAGAUGUAAAAUGGUACAACUUCUUUACAAUAAAAUAGUAUCAUUAUUUCAAGGAUUAAUUGAUUUAGUACAGUUAAGCCGUUAUCCCGAUACAAUUAUCUUAUCUAUAUCAUCGUUUACUGUCAGCUGUAUAUUUGUUGAAAAUAUAAUGGAUUUACAACAACAUUCAAUUAGUAUUUUAACACAAAUAUUUGCUCGAUAUGAUAAACAUCGUGAUUCAAUAUUAGAUGAUCUUCUAUUAUCAUUAGUACGUUUACCAACAAGUAAAAAAAGUAUCCGCUGUUAUUAUUUAAAUUCCGGUGAAUCUAUUCAAAUGUUUACGGCAUUAAUUAUGCAUUUAAUUCAUUCACCCGUAUCCAGUGUUAAAAGUUUUGUACAAAUGACUACAGCAUCAUUGACGAUUCCUCCAAAACAAUCAUCCUCAUCUUUAAAACUGGUAACACAGCAAGCAGAUGAAAUUACUGAAGAAAUUCGUUUAUUAAAUACAUAUACAUUAGCACAAAAUUUAGCAUUUAAAUUUCUGACAGCAUUUUUUCGUACAUGUGGCAUGAAGCAAGGAGAAGAUGAUUAUCGAACGAUAUUUGAAAAUUUUUUACAUGAUUUAUUGAUAACAGCCAAUAAACCUGAAUGGCCAUCAUGCGAAAUUCUUCUAUCAUUAUUGAGUCGAAUAUUAAUGACAAAUUUUUCGAAUAAAACAAUAGCCAUCAAUAUUCGUUUACAAUCGUUAGAUUAUCUCGGUAGUGUAGCAGCACAAUUAAGAAAAGAUACAAUUGAUCCAAAUUAUUUAAAUUCAAAAGAUACAUUAUCCAGAUUAGAUGAAAUUGUUAGAAAGACAUUGUCAAGUAUUGAAACAGACGAGGAAAUAGCUGAAGAUACAAAUGAUCCAUUACGAUUUAACAAGGGACUUGUUAUUUAUCUAAAUGAAUUAAGCCAGAGUGAUAGAACAAGUCAUUUUGCCAAAAUGUUUUAUAUUGGUCAAUGGUUGCGUGAUUUAACUCUAACAACAGAAAAAUUAACUCAAUCAUUAACAAAGAGUAAAUCAAAACAGUCCACAACAAAUGAUAACAAAGAAGAAGAUGUCAAUAAUGAUGACGAUAUUGAAAAUGAACAUGUUAAAACAAAGACAUUGUCAGUCGAAGAGGAAAUUGAAAUAAAACAAAUCGAAAAACAAGCGAUUCUAAAAUUGUUAGCAUUGCCAUCGACCAUCGGUCUAAUAUCAUUUCAAAAACAGCAUAUACAUCUUGAUAUUGACUAUGAUGAUGCAUGUUUACUCAUUCGUUAUUUAACAUUAAAUCGACCAUUUUUACGGACAUUCGAUGUUUAUUUAAAACAAAUUGCAAAUAUAUUUCAAUCAGAAGCUGGUACAAAUAUUCGUAGUAAAGCUAUGAAAUGUUUAUGUACAGUUGUUGAAGCGGAUCCAACAAUAUUAUCGAGAAAUGAUAUUAAAUCGUGUGUACAAGUGGGUUUAACAGAUAAAUCUAUUAGUGUGAGAGAAGCAGCUAUUGAUUUAAUUGGAAGAUAUAUCGUUGGUAGAGAACAACUUGUGUUGCAGUAUUAUGAUAUUUUAUGCGAAAGAAGUUUGGAUACAGGUGUUAGUGUACGUAAACGUGUCGUAAAAAUAUUUCGUGACAUUUGUUUACAUCAGCCAAGUUUUAUAAAAAUACCGGACAUUUGCUCACGUUUAUUACGUCGUAUUCAAGAUGAAGAAUCGAUACGUAAAUUAGUUUUAGAAACAUUUCAAUUAUUAUGGUUUACUCCAUCUCGUUCGAAAAGUGAUAUACGUACACGUGUUCAAAUUAUCAUUGAUGUUAUACUCGAUUUUAAAAAGCAAAAUUAUCAAUGGUUAGAAAAUUUACUCAAAGAAUUUUUACAUACAAAUGUAACAACAACGGCCAAUGAUUUAGAUCGAAAACGUAUUAAUGAACAACGUAAAGAUGUAUUGAAAUCGAUUCAUGAAAUAAUUGAUGAAUUAAUUGAAUAUGUGCUGAAAAUGGAAUCAUUAACAGUGACGAACGAUAAUGAUCAAGGCGCAUCCGAUAAAAUGGUAUCGACAUUCAUUGCAUUGUAUGCAUUGGGUAAAGCAAAACCUGAAUAUCUAAUACAACAUGUAUCAACGAUUGUUGAUUAUUUAAACAUAAAAUGUACAACACAUAAUGAUAAUACAAUUGUACAAUAUGUGGCAAAAAUUUUAGAAUUCACUGUACCAUUAAUGAAAUCAGCAUCAGAGACGUUGAUAUUCAAAUUGGAAGAAAGUUUAACUAAAUUAUGUCUUGUCAGUGGACAAAUGGUUAUAUUCAGCAGUAUUGCUUGUCUAUGUGCUGUAAUCAAUCGACUAUCAAAAAAUUUCCAACUGAUUAAAGAUUGUUUCAAAAAAUAUUAUGCUUAUGCAACAGAUCGGCAAACAUAUUUAAAUAAUAGUCCCGAUAUGGAAUUGACAACUCAAGAAAGCGCUCAUUUAUCUCGUUCAUUGUAUAUAUUGGGUGUUUUAUGUAAAUAUUUUGAUAUUGAUUCUUUAGAUUUUGAAGAUUUUGAUCUAUUUACCGUUGAUGAUUUAUUUCAACUGUUUAUCUAUUAUAUUAAUCAUGAUUGUAAUCAAAUUAAACAUAAAUCAUUGAUUGGUCUAGGCUAUUAUUUACAACGUUAUGGACAAUAUUUACUUCAAGAUACUGUUCGUCAUUUGUAUACAUCAUAUUUAAUUGAUGAAAAUCAAUUAAAAAUUAUCCGUUGUCAAAUAUUAACAAAUUUAGAAGAUUAUUUUCGUGAUUGUAUACGUCGAAUUUCAGAAGAAGAUAUUGAACAUACAAAAAAACGUCGACAAAAUAGCGAUGGACAACAACAAAAUGGCACAACAACCAAAGAUAAUGAUGAUAUGGAUAAUAAUAAUGAUGAAGAUAGUAAUCAGAAAAAACAACGGAAAAAAAGUGGUGGUGGUGGUGGUGGUGGUGGUGGCGCAAAUGAAGAUUAUUCAAAUUUAAAAGAUACAUCUGAUAUUCAUUCUGAAAUGGCUAGUUCUAUUGCUCAAUGUUAUUUACGAACAAUAUUAGAUACCUAUUUAACACCAAUAACAGCAAUUCGACAAUGUGUACGUAAAGUUGUUAAUUGUAUUUUGGAACAAGGUCUUGUACAUCCCGUUCAAUUUAUACCAAAUUUAAUUGCAAUGACAACCGAUAAUGAUUUAACGGUACAACAAAAUGCUGAACAAAAUUUACAAGAAUUAGAUAAAACACAUCCGGGCAUUAUUCAAACAAAAGUCAUGCAAGGUUUAAAAAUGUCCUAUCAACUCCAAACGUUAUUAAUUAGUUCUGUAUCAACAACAAAUAUUAUUCGUGGUAUGGCUGUUAUACCGAAUCAACAACAACAACAACAACAACAGCAACAAACACAACAACAAUAUUGGAGUUGUAAUCAUUUUCUGUACUCAUUGAUACGAACAAAUCGAACAUAUCGAAGAGGUUUACUAACACAAUUAUUAAAAAUGUUCGACGAUACAACAACAUCAUCUCUAGAAGAACAAUUAUUUGUUGCCGAUAAUUUAGCCUAUUUUCCAUAUCAAGUUCAAGACGAACCCUUGUUUAUCAUUCAGACAAUUGAUUUGAGUGUUAGUGUGAAUGGUGCUGGUAUACUACAACAAUUUCGUGAAAUACUUAAACGACAAAUUACAAGUAGUGAAAUAGAAGAAGAUGAUGAUGAAGAUGUUAUGUUAAUGGAAAAAGUUUUAUCAUAUUCAAAUGCUGUUAUAUCGGAAUUAUACACAUGUAUUCGUUCAUCGAAAUCUUGUUUAUUAUUACUUUUAUUAAAGCAAUAUUUGAAAGAUGUUUACGGUGUGAAUGAUACAAAAGUGAGUGAAUAUGAUCAAACAGAAGCACAAAAAGUAACCGAUCGUCCAUUGACAACAAGAAAAGUUCAUUUAAAAUUUCAUCCAAAAUAUAUUAUAAAUUAUAUUAAUGAACAAUUACAAACUGUUCGUGUUACGUUUUCGGAUGACGAUAAAAAACAAUUGGUAAAAGAUUUUCAAGAUUUUAAAGCAUAUUUAUUAGCAUUUGACAUCGAAACACCAGCAAAUCCAGUGGCGGAUGAUGAUGAAAGUAGUAAUAUGAGUGAUGAAAUAAAACCUAUAACAAAACAAACAUCGGCAACUACUCAACAUCAACUCAUUCUUCAACCAACAUCAUCAACAUCAUCUAAAAAAAAGAAACAAUCAAAAAAAAAAUCAAAAAUGAAAAAACGGAGCACAUCGUCGAAUAAAGGUGAUGAAUCGGACGAUGCUGACAAAGACAAUUUUGUAUGA